GCACAGAAAUCAUCCUUAGGCAAAGAAAAAACCCCAAGUAUCACGCACAGCUGCAUGGAUGGGACGGAAAGGCACAGAGGUGAACAGACUUGACGGUUAGUUCAGGGUUGUUUCCUGUUAUGUGGUAUAUGUAGUUUAAGGGAUUUAAAAAAAUUCGACCUGAUUUAAGGUCUGGAGAUUUCUGAUAAGAUUGAUUUGAUUAGGAGAUAACUUUUCUUGAAACUAUUUUUUUUUAAAUGAUAGCACUCAGUCUCCCCACAACAUAGGCACUGAAACAGGAGAACUACAACAGAUGAAAAUCUGACACAUGCAGUUAGUAAGAUAUAAAGCGGAAGGAGUUGAGCCCAAACUGUCAAUAAAACAGGUUGUGCUUAGAGUUCUGAAUUCUUUUGACUUGUUAGAAAGGCUGGGAACAGCAAGAAAGCCAUUUAUACGUUAACAAUGAAAGGUUUAUUACCACAUAAUGUUAUUUCGGGGACAAGCUGUUUACUACAAAAUUCAGCCCAUAGAACAUGAACCUGAUCUUGGCCACACCUUGGCAUUACUGGUUUACAGAAUUAUUUCCCUGUCCUUUUCUGAGACCUAUUCAACAUGGAAUCAAACAAUAGCAACUCUGGCAAGAAUCCUCCUGUAUACACAAUGAAGAAAUAUUUCUGAGCUCCUAAGUGAUAACCUAACUGUCACACUGCUUUCCACAGCUCCUAAGAGGCAAGAGUUAGCUUGGCUAACGCUCGAGGGACUUUAUAAUGGCUUUAGUAUGCAGAACUGUGGCACAAUUAGCUGGAAUUUCAUUAUCUUCGCUGGGAUGGGUUUUAUCCUGCCUCACAAACUACCUGCCACAAUGGAAGAACCUCAACCUGGACUUAAAUGAAAUGGAGACCUGGACCACGGGACUCUGGCAAGCCUGCGUCAGCCAGGAGGAAGGUGGCAGGCAGUGCAAGGACUUUGAUUCUCUCCUGGCUUUGCCUGCCGAACUCAGGAUCUCCAGGAUUUUAAUGUUCCUGUCGAAUGGGCUGGGACUCCUGGGGCUGCUGGUCUCUGGCUUUGGCCUGGACUGCUUGAGAAUCGGAGAGAGGCAGCAGGAUGUCAGGAAGCGACUGCUAAUCCUGGGGGGAAUCCUGUUCUGGACGGCAGGCAUCACGGCCCUGGUGCCGGUCUCCUGGGUGGCACACGUGACAGUCCGGGAGUUCUGGGAUGAGACCAUCCCAGAGAUUGUGCCCAGGUGGGAGUUUGGGGAAGCCCUCUUCCUGGGCUGGUUCGCUGGAUUUUCUCUGCUCCUGGGAGGGUGUCUGCUCAACUGCGCAGCCUGCUCCUCCCUGGCUCCUGCAGCUGUGGGGCCCUACGCCGCUGCAGAAAGGCGCUACCAACGUCAGCACCUGGAGAUGAUAAACACCCACCUGAAAAUCUAAGCCAGAAGGGAUCCGUGGUCUCUGCUCUUCAGGAAUACUUGCUUCUCUCUGAAUUUGGUAGGAUUUUCUGCUACAUACUCACCCAUUCAGUACUUUUGAUUUUCUAGAUGCAUUUUUCCUGUGGCUAUUAGCUUCUUAAACUAUAAUUUCUUUCUUAGAUGGUAAACGACUUUAAUCUUCUACUCCGAGACCCAAACCACUCAAGGCUCAAUAGCAAUCAUGCUCAUUACUGUGGAUGAGUUUUCUUCACUUUAAAAUAGACUUAGUGAUUGCACAGAACUGGUAAAUAAAACAUUCUGAGUACUUACGUAUCCUGAAGGUGUUAUUCAUAGAUAUGAAUCAUUUUGGCAAUUGGAAAUGAUUCUGCUAAUCAUUUACUUCUUUCAAGUGUUUAGGACCACCUAUUAUCCUGAAACUCAAGCCUCAUUGGGUAUUUAUCUAAAAUGCAUGACGUCUGAUUACAUGAAAAAAUUGUUGGCUCUUUGAAAGCUUGAGUGGGGAGAGGUAUGGGCCACAUCACCUCCUUUUCAAUCAGAGCUCUCAGUGCCGGUACUGAGCCUUCUCCAAAAGUCAGCCACGUUCUUUCAUGCCUUCCUUCCUAUGUCAGAACAGAGGAGGGCAGGCAAUCUGGUGUUCUGGAAGUCAUGUGAAAGGACCACAAACGUGCUGCUGCUUCCGAGUCCUGCGCUCUGCAGAGGAAGGCCAAUGCGCCUGGCUGUGCCUGGCUCGCAGCAGCCAGUGUGCACUGAAGGUCAGGCCCAGAACCUUCUGGACUGCUGCUCCGGGUUGGGAUGGGUGGUGAUGACAGAGCUCCUGUUUGGAAGCCCUUCAUUCCAUACGCACGGUGGACACACUCUGUCUUUUUUAGAGUAAUACCGUCUAAUCAAGAACUAUUUACAACAAACUGCUGGCAUAGGGAAUUCUUCAUGAAAGAUUUUAGAUAGAUUUGCUCGGCAUAGUUCAAGUAAAUUCUUGUGUUUUGUGCCAUUCAGGGAAAUUAGCGGAA